UGCAAACUUUCGCGGGUGGGUGAUGACGCGGUGCUCCAAGGUUUAUAUGUACUCUCUGCUGUAAAAAAAGAUCCAAGCUUUCUCUCCAUCUCUGAUUCUCUCUCUCUCUCUCUCUCUCUCUCAAAUUACUAGGGUUUAACAGGUUUUGGAUUGUUGAAUGGUAGUGGUUGUUGGAAUUUCGAUUGUUUGAGUGUUUGUGGGGAGUAACUGAAAUUUUGGGGUGGGAAUCGAAUUGGGGAUUGGGGGUUGAUUUUGGAGGGUGUUAGAUGGCCAGUUCUGCGUUUGAGUUGGAGGAUCAGACGGAUGAGGAUUUCUUUGACAAAUUGAUCGAUGAUGAUGACAUUGAUUUUUCUGGGUAUGCUAAUAGUUCUGUAGGAAAAGCUGAGCUUGAUGUGGUUAAAGAUAUUUCGAAAUUGAGUGUUUCGGAUGUAGGUACCGGUGGGAGAACUAGUUCUCAGGUUAAUGGUGAGUUGGGUCAGAAAGGCGGGGUUGUGUUGGAGCCGUCGGAUCUGCAGAAGGAGUCUUUGACUGGUGGAGAGAGUGAGUCUAGUGCAUUGGUGGCCAAAGGGGAGGAAGGUGUGGUGGAUGAUACAGUGAGUUCGAGUGUUGUAUCAGUUGAUGGUGGAUUGGGUCGCGGGGAUGGGGUUAAUGGUCAAUUGGGGCACGGCGAUGGGGUUGUGUUAGCUUCGUUGGAUCGACACCAGGAUCCUAUGGUCAGUGAAGCGAGCAAGUCAUCAGUACCGGAAAAUAGAGAUGAGGCAGUGGAGGAUAAAGCUAGUAAUGAGGGUGGUGAAUUGGAGGGUAAAGGGGAGGACAGUCCUGUAGAUAAUACAGUCAGAAAGAGUGCGGUGUCAGAGGGAACAGGUGUUAAAGUAGUUCAAUGGAGUUCGUUUAACUCAGAUCCUUCUGGUGGUAGUGGAUUUGGGUCAUACUCAGAUUUUUUUAGUGAAGUUGGAGGUAACUCAGAAGACCCAUUUGCGAAUUUGGGUAACACAGACCAAUCUGGGGUCAAAUCUAUUGUGUCUAAUGGUGUUCUGGAAAGCUCAGUUUCUGCUUUCGGUAAUUCUAGCUAUGUGCAACAUCAAGAAGACCCAUUUGCAAAUUUGGGUAAUACAGUCCAAUUUGGGGCCGAAUCCGUUGUGACUAAUGGUGUUCUGGAAAAUGCUGUUUCUGGUUUUGAUACUUUUAGCUAUGGGCAGCAACAAGAAGACCCAUUUGCAGAUUUGGGUAAUGCAGACCAAUUUGGGGCCAAAUCUGCUGUGAGUAAUGUUGUUCUGGAAAACUCGGGUUCUGGUUUGGGUGCUUCUAUCUAUGGGAAGCAUCAAGAAGAUCCAUUUGCGAAUUUGGGUAAUACAGACCAGUCUGGGGCUGAAUCUAAUAUGAGUAAUGGUAUUUUGGAGAACUCAGUUUCUGGUUUGGGUACUUCUAGCUAUGGGCAGCAUCAAGAAGGUCAAUUCUAUGGGGCUCCUGAAAAUCAAAACUUAGACGGGCAACAAUUAAAUAGUAAUCAGAAUUGGGAAAAUCUUUAUCCCGGAUGGAGGUACGAUCCAAAUACUGAGCAGUGGUAUCCGUUGGAGGGUUAUGAUGUGAAUUCAAACACAAAUGCAGAGGUGAACAAUAAUGCAAAUGCUCAGGAGAGUUUUAAUGUAAAUUCUCAGUCUGCAGAUACUGAAGUUUUUUCAGCCCAGAAAGCAGAUGCUCCUUAUCUGCAGCAAGCAGUGCAGGCUGUUUCUCAAAGCGUUGUUGAGGCAUCUGAAACUAGCACAGUUUCUAACUGGAACCAACAUUCUUAUGGGAAUACAGAAUACCCUGCACACAUGGUUUUUGAUCCCCAGUACCCCGGUUGGUACUAUGACACAAAUAUCCAAGAAUGGAGGCAGUUGGAACCUUCUGUAGCUACAAUCUACCAUGAUCAGCAAAAUACGAGUACAUGGCAUGCUGAGAAUGUUGCCAAGAGUGAAACUAUUGGUUUUACUGAGAAUCAGGAAUGGAGACAGUUGCAGCCUUUCACUCCAUCUUUUGAUCAGUCAACAACAAGUAUGGUUCAUAAUCAGCAAUAUAACAAUACAAAUGUUGACAACCAUGGAUCACAGAGUCCAAUCAUUCAACAAAGUGUUUUAAACUGGGAUGGAUCUAUGACCGCCUAUGAUCAGCAAAAUACGAGUUUGUGGCAUGCUCAGAAAGUUGCCAAGAGUGAUACUGUUGGUUUUACUGAGAAACAGGCAUACAUGGACCGGCAAUUUUCAACUGAGCAUGCAUUUAAUUCUGUGAAUCAACAAACAGGGUUCAAUCCUUCGGGAUCAAUUGCUCUUCAUCAAGACCCAAGUCAGGGCAAUGAUAUUAGUAGUGCGACUGAUGGCUUUGAAAGGUUUAAUUAUGCUAACUUUUCUCAGCCUCAGGAUCAAGCCAAGGAGCCAAACCAAGCGAUGCAUUUCUCACCUGCUAACUUUGGUAGUCAGAAGCCAGUACAAUUUUUCCAGCAGCCACUCCAGACUGGAACUCAGUUUUCACACGACGCCAGAGAGGGGAGGUCAUCUGCUGGACGACCUGCACAUGCUCUGGUUACUUUUGGAUUUGGUGGGAAACUUAUACUAAUGAAAAAUAAUAGUUCUUUUCAUGCAAACCAGACAUAUGGAAGCCAGGGCUCUGUAGAAGGUGUCAUUAAUGUUCUCAAUCUGAUGGAUGUUGUCACGGAGAAAAGUGACGCUGCAAACUUUGGAACUGAUGGUUGUGAUUAUUUCAGCGCCUUGUGCCAGCAAUCUUUUCCUGGACCUUUAGUUGGUGGGAAUGUCGGAAAUAAGGAAUUAAACAAAUGGAUUGAUGACAAAAUUGCAAAUUGUGAAACUUCUCACUUGGAUUUCAAGAAAGGGGACCAUUUGAGAUUGCUUUUCUCUUUACUAAAAAUAUCUUGGCAAUUUUAUGGAAAACUUCGAUCUCCCUUUGGUACCGAUCAAAGAUUGAAGGACAUUGAUAAUCCAGAAUCAGCUCUUGCUAAACUUUUUGCAUCUGCUAAAAGAAGUAACGAGUAUGGUGCUCUUACGCGGUGCAUGCAUAACUUGCCUUCUGAAGCACAAAUUCAGGCUACUGCUCUUGAGGUACAAAAGCUUCUUGUCUCUGGUAGGAAGGAUGAGGCUUUACAAUGCGCACAAGAAGGUCAAUUGUGGGGACCAGCACUUGUUAUUGCAUCGCAACUUGGUGAUCAGUUUUAUUGUGAUACUGUGAAGCAUAUGGCUGUAAACCAGUUAAUAGCAGGAUCACCAUUGCGGACGUUGUGCUUGUUAAUCGCCAGGCAGCCAGCAGAUGUGUUUUCCGAUGCUACUACAAAUAGCAGUUUUCCUAGUUUCACAAAUUUAUCACAACGGCACGAACAGGUUGGAGCUAAUUACAUGUUAGAUGACUGGGAAGAGAAUCUAGCCAUCUUAACUGCAAAUAGAACAAAAGAUGAUGAGCUUGUUAUCAUCCAUCUUGGAGAUUCCUUAUGGAAGGAUAGGGGACAGAUAACUGCUGCACACAUAUGUUAUUUAGUUGCAGAAGCCAACCUUGAGCAAUAUUCGAACAGUUCAAGACUGUGUCUUAUCGGUGCUGAUCAUUGGAAGUUUCCACGAACAUACGCCAGUCCAGAGGCUAUUCAGAGGACAGAGCUGUAUGAAUACUCAAAGGUUGUUGGAAAUCCUCAGUUUCUUCUACUACCUUUUCAGCCAUAUAAGCUUAUUUAUGCCCACAUGCUGGCUGAAGUAGGAAAACUUGCUGAUUCUUUGAAAUAUUGUCAAGCAAUUUUGAAGUCUUUGAAAACUGCUCGAGCACCUGAGGUGGACACAUGGAGAGAGUUGGUGUCAUCUCUGGAGGAGCGGAUAAGAGCCCACCAGCAGGGUGGUUAUAGCAUAAAUUUGGCUCCAACCAAGUUGAUGGGUAAAUUGCGUACAUUCAUUGAUAGUACUGCUCAUCGUGUUGUUGGGGGGCUACCUCCACCUAUACCAUCAACAGCACCAGGCUUUCCUCAGCUUAAUGAACAUUCUCAUCAACUACCUCCACCUAUACCAUCAACAGCACCAGGCUUCCCUCAGCUUAAUGAACAUGCUCAUCAACUACCUCCACCUAUACCAUCAACAGCACCGGGCUUUGCUCAGCUUAAUGAACAUGCUCAUCAACCAGGAAAUCGAAAUGUACCUAACAGUCAAUCGACAAUGGUUAUGUCUUCAUUAAUGCCUUCAGCAUCAAUGGAGCCAAUAAGUGAAAGGACUUCUGAGAGCAACCAACUGAAUAUGCCUAACAGAAGCAUUUCAGAGCCAGACUUUGGGAAAAGCCCGAGUAAGGUCGAUUCAUCCAAGAAAGUGAACUCUAAAACGCAACAAAAGCCAUCAGCAUCUAGUGGGUCACGUUUCAGUUUUGGGUCACAGAUAUUUCAAAAGACUCUAGGACUGGUCAUAAAAUCCCGGCCAGAUAAGCAGGCUAAAUUGGGUGAAGCAAAUAAAUUCUACUAUGAUGAGAAACUCAAGCGAUGGGUCGAAGAAGGUGCUGAACCUCCAGCCGAGGAAGCAGCCUUACCACCACCUCCGCCAACAACUGCAGCUAUCCAAAAUAGAAUGCAAGAUUACAACAUGAAUGAUGCACUGAAAACUACUAGCUUUCAUGCAGUUGGUGGGCCAGAAAUCAAAAGCCCAGCAUCUUCCGAGAGUUCAGGGGCACCACCCGUUCCACCCAGUUCAAACCAGUUCUCUGCACGUGGGCGUAUGGGUGUUCGCUCAAGGUAUGUUGAUACAUUCAACAAAGGCGGUGCGACCCCAGGAAACUUAUUUCAGCCACCAUCUCUUCCAGCUGCUAAACCAGGGGGUGGUUCCAAUCCCAAGUUUUUCAUCCCCUCUCCAGUAACUUCCUAUCAGGAAACAGUUCAAACAACUGAAGGAAGCACACAAGAAUCUUUUGUGACCAGUAACAAUCCUCCAAAAUCAGUAGACACAUUCUCUGCUCCGCCAACCUCAACACCAUCGUCAAUGACCAUGCAACGGUUUCCUAGCAUGGAUAACAUUGUACAAAAGAGAGCAGGAGAAUUGACAAAUGGCAGUAGCUUUGUUCCACCUGAAUCUCGUCGUGUGGCAUCAUGGAGUGGAAGCCUUAGUGAAGCAAGCAAUCCUUCUGUAAGGAGUGAAAUAAAACCAACAGCACUUGGUAUGUCCCCAUUGUCAUAUAUGCCUAGUUUUUCUCCAUCAAUGCAGUCUGAAAGAAGCAGUGGUAGUUUGGGUGAUGACCUUCAUGAAGUUGAACUAUAAGGUAUUAGGGACUAGUUCGUAAAUCUAUAGAGCGUUGCAUUCGACGAUGCAAUGGGGGAUGUCACUGAUAGGAUUCUGGUUUUGGUGAAGUCCCCGUAAUCCCAUUAGAGGAGUUUUACAUGUAUACGUAAAAAUCAACAGUUAGUUUGAAUGACCAUGUUGCCGUUCAUGUACAGAAGGGGCCCUGAAGGCUGUAAGCAAAGCAAGCAGCUUUUGUACCAACAUCUCCAGGGAAAAUUGCAAAUAUAAGAUAUACAAUUUCUCCCAUUUAAAGACCUCGGUUCAGAAUUUUGUCACGGUGAAUUAUUGAAAAUGAGAGUUGGAAAAAUUCCUAUUUAAUA